AUGUGGACCUUCACAGCCUUUUCUUCAAUUCUUCUCAUUUCUUCUUCUCUCGCUCAGCCAAUUUUCCUUCCACCACCGCCAUGCUUCGGAGUCGGAUGCGCUCCACCACCACCAUCGUUUGUGAUUGGACCUGCACCACCUCCAUGUGUUGGAAUUGCUUGUGGGCCACCACCAUGUCUUGACUGUCCACCACCAGCACCGAUCUUCGUCGCUCCACCACCUCCACCAUGCCUUUCGUUCCCAUGCCCACCACCACCGCCAUGCGUCGGUGUUGCCUGUGCCCCACCACCACCAAUCGUGAUCGCUGCUCCACCACCGCCACCACCAUGCUUCGGACCAGCCUGCCCACCACCUUGCUUUGGGCCAGCUUGUGCUCCACCAGCUCCAAUCAUCGUCAAUGCUCCAGCCCCACCAUGCUUCGGACCAGCUUGCCCACCACCAUGCUUUGGACCAGCCUGCGCUCCACCAGCUCCAAUCAUCGUUAGUGCUCCAGCUCCACCAUGCUUCGGACCAGCCUGUCCACCACCAUGCUUUGGACCAGCAUGUGCUCCCCCACCACUCUUCAUUCCACCACCACCAGCUCCAAUCCUCUUCGGAUCUGUCUCCUGCUGCGCUCCAAACAACUACUCAUGCUGUGGAUCUCUCUUCCGUAAGCGUCUCUUUAACAAGCGCUCCGAAAAAGAAACCACAACUGCUGCUCCAACUGAGGAACCAAAGGAAAACUAA